AUGGCGCCAACACCGCUGAAAUCCGAUCUCACAGUCGACGCCUCCAAAUUUGACCGCAGCACCGUUGACAAACAGACAUUGGAAUUUAAUGAGAAGUUGAUCAAGAUUUGGGCUGAUGGACCUAGGUGGUACGAGGCAUCUGACAUUCGACAGGUCGGCGCAGCAGCAUACCGACAGAUGCGCUGGGAAGGCAAAACCCCUCUUCCCAAACCCAUAGUCCUGCCUGAAGGCACAAACGGCGCUCUUCCCUCGCGGGAUGCAGGAAGAGAGAUUCCGUAUCGUGUGUUUAAGCCCGCUGGGGGAAAGAGUAGGGGCAUUCAUAUGCAUAUCCAUGGUGGGGGGUGGGUUUUGAUGAGUGAGGCUUACCAGGACCCGUAUCUAAAGUACAUGGCGGACCAUUUCGAAGUCACGGUUGUAUCAAUUGGGUAUCGUCUUGCGCCUGAGGAUCCCUGGCCUGCGGGUGCAGAAGACUGCUACGAUGCUGCGGCGUGGCUGGUUAAGAAUGGGCCGAGUGUUUUCGGUGGGGAGCUCAUGUUCACCGGUGGCGAGUCUGCUGGUGGCCAUCUCGCCUGUCUAGUGGCCUUCCACCUCCUGGAAACCAUGCCCGAGUUUGCUUUCAGAGGUCUGUUGUUGCACUUUGGCUGCUACGACAUGUCGAGUUUCCUGCCGCACGCUCUGCAUCAUGAGACUCAUCUUGUCAUCGACUAUGAUGUGAUGAAAUCCUAUAUCGACGCGCUGCUCCCCAAUACCACGGAAGCCCAGCGUCGCCAUCCGUCGAUAAGUCCGUUUUGGGCUGAUUUGCGGGGGAAGAAGUUGCCACCGGCACUGUUUACGUGCGGAAGUGAGGAUCCGCUGUUGGACGAUAGCGUCAUGAUGGGCAGUAAGUGGGCCAUGUGGGGGAACGAGAGUAUAGUCAAGAUCUACCACGGUGCGCCUCAUGGUUUUAUUGGGUUUCCACCGGGCACCAUCAAGGCGGUACAGGAGGUGUUGGAUGAUACAGAGGCGUUUGUUCGGGCGAAGGUGGGGGUGUAGAGUGUGAUGUAUUCGUCUAACAUAUGUAGGAAGGGCAGGAAGGUGGUCUUUUAUCAGUUGUAUCACAUACGACUACGCUAGAUAGAAUGUUACAUUCUUCUUCACG